AAAGAUGGCCGACGCGUAGCAAGGAGAACGUGAAACACCGCUUUCGUAUAUAUUAUCGCGUUAAUUUAAGCAGCCAACCUCAAGAGUAAAAUUUUACGGUUAUAUUUAUUACCAGUGACAUACUGCUCUCACUUCCAAGAUAUAGUCAGGUUUCAAACAUGGAAGGCGAUAUAGAGGAAUCGAAGGACAUUGAUCAAUCAACAAUGUCAAAGCGACAGAGAAAAAGGCUCCAAAAGCGUCAAUUUUUCGUGGAACAUAGGAAAAUUAAAAGAAAAGAAAAAAAGGAGAGGAAGAAGGCGGAAAAGAGAAAACUACAGGCGGAGAAGGAGACAGAGGAUGGGCAGGAAGGCGUGAGUUCUGCAAGCGACAAUCUGACUAACAACAAAGAGAAACUUUUUUGUGAGAAGAAAAAGAAAUUUAGGUCGAUGAACUCUGAACAUGCUUCUUCUCUUCGUGUCGCAAUAGACCUGAGUUUCGACGAUUUAAUGACCGAUCGCGAUAUUCAUAAACUCUUGAAACAAAUCCAAAGAACGUACUCCAUCAACAGACGAGCCGACCGACCUAUUCAGUUGUACCUCACAAGCUUUGGCGGCAGGUCCAAGACAAUACUGGAUGAAAUUCAAUGUAAAUAUACAAGUUGGGAUGUUCACAUAAAGGAAGAAAGUUACGGCGAUGUUUUCUCGCAAGAGGACGUAGUGUAUCUAACUUCGGAUUCACCUUAUGUUUUGAGCGAAGUCGAUGAAUCUAAGGCGUACAUAAUUGGUGGCCUUGUUGACCAUAAUCAUCACAAAGGACUGUGCUACAGGCUUGCUGUCGAGCGUGGAAUCGCGCAUGCGCGGUUACCGAUUAGUGAGUGUGUGAAGUUGAAAUCCAGAACUGUGAUUACCGUGAAUCAUGUGUUUGAGAUUAUGUUGCUGUACUCACAGACAAAGGACUGGAAAGAGUCUCUUGUCCAAGUCCUCCCAGCCAGGAAAAUGGAAGGCGCUACAGAAAAUGGAGGCCACAAGAAAACGGAAAAUGGUGCUCAGAAAGAUGAGAUUGCUGAGGAAGAGACUGAUAAAUCAAUAGAAGGAAAUGAUGAAUAUUAUAGCCUGCAAGACUUAAAUUAGGAUUUUCAUUUAUUAAGCCAUGCUCAUUUGAUGUUUUGUUCCUCGUUGCCCUCCCUUUCGGGAGACUGGGUCUGUCGAUCGAUCGGACAAAGAACAGUUUCACGUAAUUAACAGUUAAAGAAAAGUAAAGAAGUAAUUGAUCGAUGAAGCUUGGGUUCUGGAAAAGCUUAGUUGUGCGCAUUGCCCUGUUAACCUUUUUUGUAACUCAGACAUUUACGAUAUAAAAGACAAGCUAGAAAACACGGUAAACACGAUUCCCAUUCAAAAUAAAGUCUUGAUGAUCUGCUUUUUAAUAAAAUUGAUAGAGAAUGGAA